AUGACUGUCAAGCAGUUGACUAGUGGCAGCGAAAUGGAGUUUUUUGAAGCGUUUUUGAAAUUCUUCGACCGAGGUGGAGCACCACAGCUUCAUCCUAUUCCAAUACUCAAUAAUCUCAUCCGAUCUGCUACUGGUACUCAGUUGAACCAGCUUCCGCAGCAAACGAAUGGUUGGGUUCUUACAAGAAGGUUCUUUCUUGCUGACGACGUUAGCCUUACUGCCACGAAUUCCUCUCCCAUUAUACGCUACGCGAAAAAUAUUGAGGUGCACGUCGAAUUACAGACUAGUCGUGAUGGCAUGAUUUUUCCACCGUACAUAAGCAUCGAUUACGCUGAAACCAAUGAGAACCGCAGCGUCGUUGUUCAGCGAAACUUCAGAGUUACCUACACAACUGAUCCUACACGCCACGAUCGGGAGUUGGAGAUCACGAUGGCAGUGCUGUGCCCACUCUCUGUUUUAUGGGCCGCCAUGAAAGCGUACAGUUGGGGUCGUCGUAGCGGAAAGGCUUCGCUUCUCGAUGCCGCUACCGUACUUCAAUUCUUACUGUAUGAGUGUGCAGCACUUGGGGACGUCUUUUUCGUGGUAUUGACCGCAAUGUCAUGUUGGAUCACAUUUGCCUACAAAUCUCAGACGUAUCCUUUCUACACCAUACUCAACGAGGAACAGGAAUGGGUUCUGAUGGCAUAUUUGAUCGCCACAGCCUGUCUGAAGUUCAUCGCUCUCGUUCAUAACAUACUCCAUAUGAUCCUACAGGAAACAUUUUUUAUCGAUUGGGAAAGACCGCAAAUUAUUGAAAACACACAGCUAGCUCGGCCAGUAUCUCGAGAUGUAUCCAAAGACCGCAAGGAGGUGCCAGUGGUCGUGUGGCGCACAUACUUCGUGGCUAACGAGUGGGCGGAGCUGCGUUGCGUUCGCGCUACGUCGAUUGGUCUACAGCUACUGAUAGUUCUCCUGCUGCUUGAAGCUUUCGACUUCAUGCGAUUUAGUGUUGUUCAGCCUGGUUUCGGCGAAGGUUCACCUUCAUCGGAAUCGACAACAAUGACAAAGUUCGCUGUGGUCAUAUUCUUUUACAUGGUUGUCGGGUUUCUGCAGUGGGCUAUACAAGCA